GGACUGCAGCAGUUUUUCCUCAGCCUCCUGUCUUUCUCUCAGCAGCUUCUGCAGGUGAACGAUCUCCCUCUGGUAAGAAGCUGUCCUCCCCUCUGCAGCCUCCUCCAACACUGCCAGCCUGGUUGACGCCUGCCUUCGGUAUACCUGCACAAACACACACACACACACAUGCAAAAAGGGAUGAUAUGAGGAGUGUUGCUAUGAAGAAGGUGGACUUAAAUGAAGGACAGCGUAGCAGAGACAAGUGGAGCGGAGGAGGGGGUGUCACACACACUGGGACAAGAACAUGACUUGAAGAUGGGCAGUCCUGAGCCUGCGUCAGACGAGAAGGACUGUCCUCCUCCAGAGGAAUUAGAGUGUAAAAUCUGUUACCAGCGCUACAAUGCAAACAAUCGGAAGCCUAAGAUCCUGGGCUGUCUGCAUCGGGUGUGCUCCCGCUGCCUCAUUAAGAUUCUGGACAUCACCGACGGAGCAGGCUGCAUCCCCUGCCCUUUCUGCCGACACCAAACUGAAAUCCCUGAGCAACAGGUCUCUGCCCUUCCUGAUGACGUAAACAUCAUGUCCCACCUGGCUACGCGGGACAAGUCCUGCAGCUUGGACCAGAAGAGGGAGGUGGUCCUGACUCCAAAGAGUCUGUCCUCCACCAGCCCAUCUCAUGACUCCUCGAACUGCCUGGUCAUCACCAUAAUGGAGCUCCAAAGGGACUCCCAGCGGUCUCCGAGCCACAACGGCAGCUUGGAUGUCUACGCAGAACAGAGCCUGGACUCCGUAUCAAUAGGCUCCAAUGGACCCACUGACCAUGAUGCGCUGUCUAAGCUCUGCUAUCAUGUGCCGCGUAUCUUGGUUUGGCUGCUCGGUUUCUUAUACUUCGGCUCGCUGCCGUUGGGAAUUUACCUGUUAGUGAUCCAGAGAGUGACUCUAGGAAUUGUAUGUGUUAGCUUAGUGCCAUCCAGUCUGACAGUUUGCCUAGUGUACGGCUUCUGUCAGUGCCUGUGUCAGGGCAUGUGUGACUGCUUUGCCCGGGGCCGAGAGUAAAGCAACUAUAGGACCAGGGACAACUCCAGAAAACAGGGAGCCACAGCUCUCCCCGAUAGAUUGAUAAUAUCACCCUCUUCAUAAGCUUAAUUGCACAACUAGCAGGCAGCUGUCUUCAUGCAAAUAAAGGAUCGUGGAGAAAGAAAAUGAAGCCUAUCUUUAGUGGUGUGCUCUGCUGUCUUCACGCCUACUGCUUCCACAUCAGUUUGGCUGAGAGGAGCAGAGUCGCUGACAAGCUCAGCCAGCAACUGGAGCCUGCAGUAAACCUACAGUCUUGUGAUGUAUGUCUCUGUAUAUGUGCCUGAGCAGUUCUGUGAUGUGAAUGUGAGGUGGUCUGAAAACCUUUUUAGAGCAGGCAAUCAGUAUUUAACACAAGCAGACUUAGGAAGAAAUGGAGUAAAUAUACAGUGCUUUGCAAAGCCGUUGAUCCUUAUUGAAUGUUUCGCAUUUUGUCAAUUUAGAACAAAUUUCAGUGUAUUUCUAUUGUUAUUAUAGGUU